AGCCAAUACCAUGACAUGGAUUUUUUUAAACUUAAAAAAUUUUCUGUUAAACAGUUAAUUUAUAAAUUAAAUUAAUCAUUAAUAAUUUAAGUUAUACUUAAUUAGAUAUGAAAUUUAAAGUAAUGAAAAUAAUGAUGCCUUAAUAUUGUACAAUAAACAAUGAAAAAUAAUUGUUAAAAAAAAAAAUUAUUUACUUUGUUAUAAAAUUGAGUAAAAAAAAACAAAAAAAAAAAUUUUACAUUAAUGGUAUUAUUUUUUUAUAAUUUUUCUUUUUUAUAAUUUAUAAAUAGUAUUUUUUCUUUUCUACAAUAGAGUAUGAAAGUCUGUUAAAUGUAAUAAUUGUAAAAUGGAAAAUUUGAUUAGAAUAAUACUUGAAGAAGAAAAAAAAAUGAAAAUAAAUAAAAAGAAAUUAUUAAAUAAACUUUCAAGUAUCAAUUGAUAAAUUUAACACUCUGUAAACUUUGCUUGAGUGAAUCUUGUAGUAAAUAAUUUUUAUUUUAUUAUUUUUUAUUUGACAUCGAGGUCUUGAGGAAGCACAAAAGAUAAAAACCGAGGUUUCCAAUAAUUUUUUAAAAUAUUUUUUGUGUAAAUUGGUUCUAUGAUAUGAUUUACAAAUGAAAUAACAAAUAUUAAAAAAUAAAAUCAAUGAAAACCACUCGAGAAAUAAAUAUUAUCAGACAAUUCUUUGUGAAGGUGAUCAUUGUUCACAUUUCCAAGACAAAUUCAAUGAUUCAAUGAUUUUUUUUAUUUUAUUUUUAUUUCAAUACUGUUCACACCAUCGAUAAGUUGAUUGAUAGUGUCCAUUUGUUGGUCGUAAGAAACAGAUCUAUCUUGUAUUUGAUAAAUAUUAUUUAAUUUAUUAUUGAAUAAAAAAAAAGUUAGUUUUUUAAAAAUGGAAAGUACGGGAAUGUUUGAAAAUGGCUCUGGAAGUCAUCAAAUUUCACAGGAAAGCAAAAAAUUAUGGCAAUUUUUAGCAGCAUGUUCCGCAAGUAUAUUAGCUGUUGGAGCUGGAACAGCAUUGGCAUGGACAUCACCAGUUCUUCCAAUUCUUCAAGAUAAAAAUAAUGAUAUAUUAUUUAUAAAUGAAGAAGAAGCAUCAUGGAUAGGUGCAUUUUUACCAGUUGGUGCAAUUGUUGGUGCACUACCAGCAGGUACAAUUGCUGAUAAAUUAGGAAGAAAAAAAGCACUUCUUCUUCUUGCAUUACCAUUUAUAUUAUCUUGGAUGUUAAUUGUACUAGUAAAUGCCGUAUGGAUGUUAUACACAGCAAGAUUUUUAGUUGGUGCUGCUGUUGGUGCUGUUUGUGUUAUUGUACCAACAUAUAUUGCUGAAAUAUCAUCACCAUCAACACGUGGAUCACUUGGUGCUAUGUUUCAAUUAUUCUUAGCAUCUGGAAUUGUUUUAACUUUUAUUCUUGGUACAAUUGCAUCGUACAGAAUUAUUGGAAUUGUUUGUGGUAUUAUUGAAAUUAUUUUUGUUGCUACAUUUAUAUUCAUGCCUGAAUCACCAAGUUGGCUUGUGAGUGAAGGUAGAAAACCAGAAGCAACAAUGGCAUUAAAAAUAUUUAGAGGUAAUAAUUAUAAUUUAACAAAUGAAAUAUCUGAAAUGCAAGAAGAAGCUGAAAAAACAGCAUCAAAAAAAAGUUCAAUAUUUGAUUUAAUACGUACUGCUGGAAGAAGACGUGCUAUUUUAGCUAGUUUAGGUUGUAUGAUAUUUCAACAAUUAUCAGGAAUAAAUGCAGUUGUUUUUUAUACUGUACAAAUAUUUAAAGCUGCAAAGAUGGAUGAUUUUGCUGGUCCAGCAGCAAUUGCUGUUGCAUUUGUUCAAGUAAUAAUGGCUGGUGUUGCUGCAUUGAUAGUCGACAAAGCAGGAAGAAAGCCACUUUUAAUUGUAUCAUCAACUUUGAUGGCAAUAAGUUUAACUGCACUUGGUUAUUUUUUUAAAUUAAGUGAUGCUAAAGAAGAUACAAGUAGCAUAAGUUGGUUACCACUUGUAUCACUUGUACUAUUUAUGAUUGCAUUUUCUGUUGGAUUAGGUCCAAUACCAUGGAUGUUAACUGGUGAAUUAUUUACAUCAGAUAUAAAAGCUGUUGCUUCAAGUCUUGCUGUUAUGGUUAAUUGGUUUUUAGUAUUUCUUGUUACAAAAACAUUUGCAUCAAUGAAAGACAGUCUUGGUUCAGCAGUUACAUUUUGGAUAUUUGCUGGUAUAAUGGUUGUUGCUACAUUUUUUGAAUAUUUUAUUGUUCCAGAAACAAAAGGAAAAACACUUGAACAAAUUCAAAAUGAAUUAAAUCAUUACGAGGUUUUAAUAAUUACUGGCAAUAUGUCAAACGAAAAAGGAUCGAAAUUUCCUCAAUAUUUCGCUGCAAUUGCAGGAAAUUUAUGCGUUGCGGCGGGUGGUGCAAUGCUUGGAUGGACGAGCCCAAUAUUAUUGAGACUACAGGAGAAUCCAGUAACCGAUGAUAAUCCAAUUGGUGAAUCAAUAACUUCAGAUCAAAGUUCUUGGAUUGGAUCAUUGACUCCAGUUGGUGCCCUGAUUGGAAGUUUUCUUGCUGCAUUUCUUGCUGAAUGUUUGGGAAGAAAAAUAACAUUGCUAUUCAGUGUCAUACCAUUUACAAUUGGAUGGAUACUUAUUGCAACAGCAACAAGUGUAGAAGUUCUUUAUAUUGCAAGAUUUAUAUUUGGGAUUGCAUUGUCUAUUCCAUUUACAGCAAUUCCAAUGUAUUGCGGUGAAAUAUCAGAAACAUCAAUAAGAGGAGUACUUGGAUCAUUUCUUCAAAUAUUUAUAACAAUUGGUUUAUUAUGGUCAUAUUGUAUUGGUCCAUAUGUUUCAUAUACAUUUUUAUGGAUUGCAUGUGCAUCAUUACCAAUUGUAUUUUUUAUAUUAUUUUUUUUAAUGCCAGAAUCACCAUAUUAUCUUUCAUCAAAAGGAAGAGAUGAUGAUGUGCUACAUGCUUUAUCAAGACUUCGACAAAAAAGUAUUGAUGGUGUUAGAGAAGAGGCUGCUGAAAUAAAGGCAAGUGUAGAGGAAGCAUUUAGAAGUGAAGCAAAAUUUUCUGAUCUUAUUAAUGUCAAGAGUAAUUAUAAAGCUCUUAUUUAUACCUGUGCACUUGUGACAUUUCAACAAAUGACUGGGAUCAAUGUUGUAUUAUUUUAUUCACAAACAAUAUUUGAUGCGGCAGGUGCUAGUAGUUUAAAGCCAGAAAUAGCAACAAUAAUUGUUGGUAUUGUACAACUUGGUGCUUCAUGUGUUGUACCAUUUGUUGUUGAUCGUUUAGGAAGAAGAAUUCUUUUAGUUAUAUCUGGUGUUGGUGAGACAUUGAGUCUUAUUGCACUUGGAUUAUUUUUUUAUCUAAAAGUUAAUGGUGAUGUUAGUAAUAUCAGCUGGCUUCCAGUUGCAUCAUUGAUGAUUUUUAUUGCUACAUAUAGCAUUGGAUGGGGUCCAUUACCAUGGGCGGUAAUGGGAGAAAUGUUUGCAUCCGAUGUUAAAUCAAAAGCAUCUGGUUUAGUUGUAUUCGUUUGUUGGACACUUGCAUUUAUAAUAACAAAAUAUUUUAGUAAUGUUGCUGAUGCAUUUGGUAUGCAUAUUGCAUUUUGGCUAUUCUCUGUAUUUUGUAUUGCCAGUAUAUUUUUUACAAUAUUUUUAUUACCCGAAACAAAAGGCAAAAGUUUAGCUGAAAUACAAGCUGAACUUGGUGGUUAUACAAAUAAUCAAAUUUAUUAUUCAAAUACUAAUGAAAGUAGUGAAAAAAAAUAAUUAAUAAUUGAAAUAUUCAUCAAUAAUUUUAUUUAUUUUAUUAUAUCUUUAUUGCUGUUUUUUUUUUCUAAAUUAAUUUAAAUUUAGAUUGAAAUUUUAAAAUUUAUGUAAAUAUAUAUGUGUUAGUUUAAAAUUUGAAAAUUAGUAUUUUAUGAAAAUGGAAUAUUUGAAAAACAAAAAAAUAUACUAACUGUGGUAUUUUCAAUGUGUUAUUGUCAUAAAAGAUUAUUGAAAGAGCAAUGUAAUUGAUGAAAAAUUAUUAAUAUAAAUUGGAAUCGUUA